AUGUCUUCUCCUGAGCGACGGCCAAUGCCGACUCUGCUCGUCUUUCUCGGCUUGUGUUGUGCCUUUGCUGUCGCGGUCCUGGAAGUGCCUGCGCGCAACACCUUUCUCGUUCGAGAAAAGUCGGCCGGCGACUAUGUCUACGUUGACGGGGGCGAGCUCUCGCAAUGGUCGGUGAAUCGGGUCCGUGAAGGAAUUGCGGUCGAAUCCACGCUCUCCAUCGACAUUAGCCGGUCGUGGACUACCAGCGAUGUCUCGAUCCGUUCGAUCAAGAAAACUGGCCCGUUAAAGUCCAGCUUAGUCCUGUGGACGGACAGUCAGGCUGGAGAAUUCUACUCAUGGGGCGGCGAGUUUCCGCCGAGUGUGCAUGAAAAUAUUACAGAACCCGAGCUCUGGAAAUUCACGGCCGACGGCGAGGGUGGGGGAGAAUGGUCGAUUGUGAAACCUGCGAACGGGGGGGCUUUCGCCGACAUCCAUUCCGGCACGUUGGCUGCGUCCGCAAAUACAGACAAUACAGCGUUCGUGAUCGGCGGGGAGAUCCAAAGAUUCUCGGAACCCGACCGCAACGGUUCAACUCAGGUCCUAGGGGGGAUGGUGACGUUCAACAUGGCGUCGCGCGUGUGGACGAAUGAGACGGACAACAGUCCCUUUGGCACGUUGGUUGGGGCGAGCGCUCACUAUCUCCCGUCCUUCGGAGUCGACGGCGUGAUCAUCACGCUUGGCGGGCUCACCCCUUCGUUAGUGGGCCGCUGGGACGGCAAGGUGCCAGCCCUGGACUUUUACAACCUCACUUUCUUCAAUCCUGUGACAAAGAAGACUUACUGGCAGCUGACGAGCGGUGAUAUUCCUCCUUCGCCACGGAUACAAGCAUGCACGGCUAUUAUCAAGACUGCUGAUGGCGGCUACGAUAUCUUCCUCGCUGGCGGAGUCAACCGACGCGACUUGUUCACCUACCAGGACGCAUACGUCUUGAGCCUGCCGGGGUUUGUAUGGAGAAAGGCCCCAAACAUGCCGUACAGCGCGCGAGGGGAUGCCACAUGCGUGCAAAUAGGCGGCCGGCAGGUGCUCAGCCUGUUUGGAAAGGAUGUCUGGAAGCUCACUGAUGACCCGGCACCCAACGGGAUGCUCUUAUUUGACAUGACGGACAUGCAGUGGAAGGACUCGUAUGAUGCGGCUGCGGGGGCAUAUGAGAGACCCAGCGUUCUCGAGACUUGGUAUAACAACGGGUCGUUCGAUCAGGUCGAUUGGUCCUCGGAGGAAGUACGGCGAUUGUUUGCGCGCAGGUCCACCACGCCGCCUAGCUCCACACAAAGUUCGGGGCCCUCACCUACUGGAUCCGGCGGCCCCGAUCCCACCUCGACAGGCGAACCAGAGUCCUCAAGCACUCCGGUUGGCGCCAUCGUUGGAGGGGUUGUGGGCGGCAUUGGGGGACUGGCCUUGAUCGCAGUGGCCGUGUGGAUAUUCCUCCGACGUCGCAAGCAGGGCACGUUGGUCGGCUCGAUCCAGGACAACAGCACCGAUGGAGCUGGCGAGAUCAAGUACCCAGGGGUUCCGGAGGCCGACGCUCCCCACGGCCACACCGAACUGUCGUCACCCCGCUCACCUGUCGAAAUGGAUCCUCGAGGUCUGCCGGUCGAGAUAAAUAACAACACGCCUGGUUAUUAUCAUGAGGCGGAUUCGCGCGUCUAUCAUGAAAUGGAUCCCCAGGCGCAGGCGUUCGAGAUGGACCCGCAACAACGGACGUAUGAGAUGGAUGCUUCACGGUACGGGAGGGGAUACUAG